CCAAUUAAUACAGUAAUAUCAGUGAUACGUCGCGCUCAAGAGUCAGCGUCAAUUAAAUCGAAUCGGUGAUUAUUUUCACAUAUUAUUCGUCAUGAAUAAAGUACCAGUGAAAAAAUUUUACAAUCAAAUGGAAAUUCCCGUUCUUGGACUAGGAACAUGGAAAUCCAAACCUGGCGAAGUCACUCAAGCCGUAAAGGAUGCAAUCGAUAUCGGCUACCGCCACAUCGAUGGCGCUUUUAUCUACCAGAACGAAAUGGAAGUCGGCAAAGCCGUUCAAGCUAAAAUUAAAGAAGGAGUCAUCAAACGACAGGACAUAUUCCUUACGAGCAAACUUUGGAACACUUUCCAUAGGCCAGAGGAGGUUGAACCUGCAAUAAGGACUACUUUGAAGAAUUUGGGUGUUGAUUACGUCGAUCUGUACUUGAUACAUUGGCCGAUACCUUACAAAGAGGGUAAGGAACUUCAUCCCACCGGCGUCAAUGGCGAAAUACUAUUCAGUGAUUACGACUACGUUGAUACUUGGAAAGCCAUGGAAAAGGUGUAUGAAAAGGGAUUAGCGAAGAACAUUGGUGUCAGCAAUUUUAACGAAGAACAAUUGGAACGUGUGUUAAAGGAGGGAAAGAUCAAGCCUGUUACGAAUCAAGUCGAAUGUCAUCCGUAUUUGACCCAGAUAAAACUGUCCGAGUAUUGCAAAUCAAAGGACAUUACCAUAACUGCAUAUUGCCCGCUAGGAUGCCCGGACAGACCAUGGGGAAAACCUGAGGAUCCAAAGCUUCUAGAUGAUCCAAAGAUUACGAGUAUUGCUAAGAAGUAUAACAAGAGUCCCGCUCAAGUUGUGCUCCGUUAUCAGGUACAACGUGGGCAUAUUGUCAUCCCAAAGUCAGUGAACAAAUCUCGCAUCCAAGAGAAUUUUAACAUCUUUAAUUUUGAACUCUCCAAAGAAGACAUUGAGCUAAUCAAUUCCUUCGAUUGCGGUGGAAGAAUUUGUGCAUUGCGAGAGUGUGUCGAGAGCCCAUACUACCCGUUCAAGAAUUAAUAUUGGGGAUCGAAGUAACCGGUGCUUGAGUUUCAACAAUAACACUAAGGGGUUGGCAGCCGGAAUACAACUAGUAACUAUACUAAGCCUAUUUAUUCAGACCUAAAUACCC